CCCCCGCACUUCCUGGUCUGCUGGACCCCGUUAUGGAGAAGUUGGCCCCUAAGCUGGAAUUCCAAUGGCCUCUUUAGGGGUGUGGCCUAAGGCUCGAAGAAGUGGGAUGUAAAACAAAGAUCAGGAACAGCUUUGAAGAGGUGCAAAGUGAAUCGGUGCCAGUCAGCAUGUCAGAAGCAGAGCACAUAGCCUCCAUUUCCUCUGAUCAAAAUAUUGAGAAAACAUCUGAAAUAAAGGAAGACUCAUGCAAUUCGUUUUCUGGUGAUGAAAACAGCAGCUUAGAAAAUGAGUCCAAACUGUUGUCAUUAAACUUUGAUAAAACUUUAUGUCAGUCUAAUGAACACAAUAAUCAAAUUGAAACACAGGAAAAUUAUAUUCCAGAUCAUGGUGGAGGUGAGGAUUCCUGUGCUAAAACAGACAUAUGCCCAGAAAAUUCUGAACAAAUAGCUAAUUUUCCUGGUGGAGAUUUUACAAAGCAAGUUUUGAAAACAAAUGAAGCAGAACAAACAGUAACACAAAUAUUGGCGGAAUUAAGGUCAUCUACAUUUUCAGAAGCAGCUAAUCAAAAGACUUAUUCAGAAAGUCCUUAUGAUACAGACUGCACCAAGAAACUUAUUUCAAAAAUGAAGAAUGUUUCAACAUCAGAGGAUUUGUUGGAAGAAAUAGAAUCUGAGCUGUUAUCUACUGAGUUUGCAAAAGAACACCGACUACCAAAUGGAAUGAAUAAAGGAGAAAAUGCAUUAGUUAUGUUUGAAAAGUGUGUGCAAGAUAAGCAUUUGCAGCAGGAGCAUACCAUAAAGAAGUUAAUUAAAGAAAAUAAGAAGCAUCAGGAACUUAUCUUAGACAUUUGUUCAGAAAAAGACAAUUUAAGAGAAGAACUAAAAAAAAGAACAGAAACAGAGAAGCAGCAUAUGAACACAAUUAAACAGUUAGAAUCAAGAAUAGAGGAACUUAAUAAAGAAGUUCAAGCUUCCAAAGAUAAAGUACUAGCUCAAGACACUGCAACUAAAAAUGCAAUUCAGCAGUUGCACAAAGAGAUGGCCCAUCGGAUGGAACAGGCCAACAAGAAAUGUGAGGAGGCACGCCAGGAAAAAGAAGCAAUGGUAAUGAAGUAUGUAAGAGGUGAGAAGGAAUCUUUAGACCUUCGAAAGGAGAAAGAGAUACUUGAAAAAAAACUUAGAGAUGCAAACAAAGAAUAUGAGAAAAACACUAACAAAAUUAAGCAACUUUCUCAAGAGAAAGGACGGUUGCACCAGCUGUACGAAACAAAGGAAGGUGAAACUACUAGACUCGUCAGAGAAAUAGACAAAUUAAAGGAAGAUAUCAACUCUCACAUCAUUAAAGUAAAAUGGGCACAAAACAAAUUAAAAGGAGAAAUGGAUUCACACAAGGAAACCAAAGAUAAACUCAAAGAGACAACAACAAAAUUAACUCAAGCAAAGGAAGAAGCAGAUCAAAUUCGGAAAAAUUGUCAGGAUAUGAUAAAAACAUAUCAGGAAUCAGAAGAAAUUAAAUCAAAUGAGCUUGAUGCCAAGCUUAGAGUCACAAAAGGAGAACUUGAAAAACAAAUGCAAGAAAAAUCUGACCAGCUAGAAAUGCAUCAUGCCAAAAUAAAGGAACUAGAAGAUCUGAAGAGGACAUUUAAGGAGGGCAUGGAUGAGCUACGAACACUGAGAACAAAGGUAAAAUGUCUAGAAGAUGAACGAUUGAGAACAGAAGAUGAAUUAUCAAAAUAUAAAGAAAUUAUUAAUCGCCAAAAAGCUGAAAUUCAGAAUUUAUUGGACAAAGUGAAAAUUGCAGAUCAGAUACAGGAGCAGCAUCAAAGAGGUAAACAAGAAAUUGAAAAUUUGAAGGAAGAAGUGGAGAGUCUUAAUUCUUUGAUUAAUGACCUACAAAAAGACAUCGAAGGCAGUAGGAAAAGAGAAUCUGAGCUACUACUGUUUACAGAAAAGCUUACUAGUAAGAAUGCACAACUUCAAUCUGAAUCCAAUUCUUUGCAGUCACAGUUUGAUAAACUUUCCUGUAGUGAAAGUCAGUUACAAAGCCAAUGUGAACACAUGAAACAGACAAAUAUUAAUUUGGAAAGUAGAUUGUUAAAAGAAGAAGAACUGCGAAAAGAGGAAGUCCAGACUCUGCAAGCCGAACUCACUUGUAGACAAACCGAAGUUAAAGCAUUGAGUACCCAGGUUGAAGAAUUAAAAGAUGAGUUAGUAACUCAAAGACGUAAACACGCCUCUAGUGUCAAGGAUCUUACCAAACAACUUCAGCAAGCACGAAGAAAGUUAGAUCAGGUUGAGAAUGGAAGCUAUGAUAAAGAAGUCAGCAGCAUGGGAAGUCGUUCUAGUUCAUCAGGGUCCCUCAAUGCUCGAAGCAGUGCAGAAGAUCGAUCUCCAGAAAAUACUGGGUCGUCAGUAGCUGUGGAUAACUUUCCAGAAGUAGACAAGGCCAUGCUGAUUGAGAGGAUAGUAAGGCUGCAAAAGGCACAUGCUCGGAAAAAUGAAAAGAUAGAAUUUAUGGAGGAUCACAUCAAACAAUUGGUGGAAGAAAUUAGGAAAAAAACAAAAAUAAUUCAGAGUUACAUUUUACGAGAAGAAUCAGGCACACUUUCUUCAGAGGCAUCUGAUUUUAACAAAGUCCAUUUAAGUAGACGGGGUGGCAUCAUGGCAUCUUUGUACACAUCCCAUCCAGCUGAUAGUGGAUUAACAUUGGAACUCUCUUUGGAGAUCAACCGAAAACUACAGGCUGUUUUGGAGGAUACGUUAUUGAAAAAUAUUACUUUGAAGGAAAAUCUGCAAACACUUGGAACAGAAAUAGAACGUCUUAUUAAACACCAGCAUGAGCUAGAACAGAGGACGAAGAAAACCUAACACAAAGUUCUUCCUCAGUAAACAGACAAAAGCUACACAAGGAGCAGGUGCCAUUGCCCAGUAUUGUUGGAAACUUUUCCCUGCUUUGUGUGUCAGCCAGUAAAAAAUUUGUUUUGCUUCAUCUGUAUAAAAAAGUACCUUUUUACAAUACAAA